CCUCUAUUGGUAAAACGACCCCAAAAUGGGAAAGAAGGGCAAGGGUACCGGAAGCUUCGGUAAGCGCCGCAACAAGACGCACACGUUGUGCCGUCGUUGCGGUCGCACCAGCUACCACAACCAGAAGCACGUCUGCUCGGCUUGCGGCUACCCGGCAGCCCGCAAGCGGACCUACCAGUGGGGGCAGAAAGCCAUCGGCCGCAAGACGACCGGUACCGGCCGCAUGCGGUACAUGAAGACGCUUGCCCGGCGGUUCAAGAACGGCUUCCGCGAGGGAUCAGAGGCCAAGCCCAAGGCUUCGACUGCCUAAACAUGGGAACAGCGUGUGUCGCUGAUAUUGUAACAAACGACAUGUGCUAGCUGUCUCUCAACUCUGGGCCCUAUGGGAGCGAGCGAGCACAAUGCACGGGAGCAUGGACAGCGGCUCGGAAAGGCUCCGGAAGCUGCUUGUGGGACGCCAGAAGUGGCAGAAGCUCAGAAAGCGCAAUAUCGCCCAUGGUUGCGGAUCCAGGAGCAGGGUGGCGCAGCUAUGUUGAGCCCGACAAAAAUCUUAACACCUUAGGCUUACGUAAAAUAUACAACCAAUUCUUUAGUACGAUGCUGGAUCCGCUAUUGCAUAUAAAGGAAAAUUAACUGUUAACGCUCUUAUGGA